AUGCUUGAGGCCAAAUUGAACGAAGCUGCUCUUCUCAAGAAGAUCAUCGAUGCCAUUAAGGACUCCGUGACUGAUGUCAACUUUGAGUGUUCCGAGACUGGAAUCGACGUACAGGCCGUCGACUCUUCACACAUUGCCCUGGUGUCUCUGAAGCUCGGAUCCGACGGCUUCUCUGACUACCGAUGUGACCGAAACAUCACACUCGGAAUCAAGGUGGCUUCGCUUGUCAAGAUUCUGCGAUGCGCUAACGACCGUGACGCCCUGACCCUUAUGGCUGACGACAACGGCGACCAGCUGCGGCUCACCUUUGAGGACUCCAAGUCCGAGCGAGUGUCUGAGUUUGUGCUCAAGCUCAUGACGAUCGACCAGGAGCAUCUCGGAAUCCCUGACACCAAGUACGAGUCGGACAUCACCAUGCCCGUGGACGCGUUCCAGAAAAUCAUGCGGGAUAUGUUCAUGCUGUCCGAGUCUGUCAAGAUUUCGUGCGACAAGGAGGGCGUCAAGUUCAGCUGCAAGGGCGACGUGGGAGACGGAUCCGUGCUCAUCAAGCCCUCUUCCUCGGUCGACGACGAGGGAUCUACCACCAUCGCUGUCGAGACCCCUGUGUCCAUGGAGCUCAACCUCAAGUACCUCAACAACUUCUGCAAGGCGUCGGGCCUGGCCCAGAACGUGCAUCUGGGCAUGUCUUCCGAGGUGCCCAUCAUGGUCGAGUACCUGCUCCCCAACGGCUACCUGAGAUUCUACCUCGCUCCCAAGAUUGGCGACGAGGACGAGGAGGACGAGGAUGAUGACUAA